CGGCACAUAUAAAUACCUAAGCAUCUCUCUCAUACAUGUAUAGGCGGUAGAACUUGAGACGCUGGUUCGUGUUUGUGCCCUACGUUCAUGGCGAUGAAGAGAAAGCAUAUUUCGUCAGUCAUAAAGGAAACCUUGCCGUUAGACAAAAGUAGAUCAAGAAUGGAGCUCUGCAUGCGGAUGGCGAAACAACUGCUGCUCAAGGAGGUUGAAAAAAAGGGCGAUUACGAGAACCUUGUGUUGUCGCCAUUGUCGAUCGAUGUUGUUCUUAAUAUGGUGGCUGCGGGAUCAAGGGGUCGCACUUUAGAGAAGAUGCUAGGCUUGCUUGGUUCCAAUAACACUGAGGAAAUCAGAUCGCAAUCUAUGGAGAUGAUGGCGAUGGCAAUGGACGAGGAUGAACCGGUUUUGUGUUUGGUCAAUGGAGCUUGGUUCGACCAACGUUUCACUCCGACGCUUUCUUAUAAGGACAAUGUACUCAAGGGUAUCUACGGUUGUGAGGCCAAGACGGCGGAUUUCAUGACUCGGGGUGAUGAAGUGGUAGAUGAAAUAAACUCAUGGGCUGAAGCUGCAUCGAGAGGGCUUAUAAAAGAUAUUCUCCAACGGGGCUCCCUAUCUCGAGACAUGGGGCUCAUCCUUGCAAAUGGUCUAUACUUCAAAGGAAAUUGGAAGCAUGAUUUAAAAUUUGAUGCUAACCUCACUAAAAAUAGACCUUUCUAUCUUCUCAAUGGAGACACUGUUUCAGUUCCUUUCAUGACAAGCCAUAAGAGAUAUCGUCGCUGUAGAUCUUUUGAUGGUUUCCAAGUCCUCCAUAUCCCAUACCAAAGCAAGAGCAAGCAAUUCUCCAUGUACUUCUUUCUCCCAGACGAGCGAGACGGAUUGCAGAAUCUUUUAGAAAAGGUCAUUUCUGAUUCCGGGUAUUCGCAUGAGUACCGAUGUCUUAGCGAAAAAAAGCUUGACAAAUUUUGGAUCCCAAAAUUUAAAUUCUCAUUUGAUUUUGAUGUUUCAUCGACCAUGGAGGAGAUGGGAAUGCCAUUUCCUUUCAUGGAAAAUCCAGAAGACUUUGCUGAGAUGGUGGAAAUUCCCAACGGGCUCAAUGUACCAAGGAUGUUUCAAAAGGCUUUUAUUGAGGUAGACGAGAAAGGCACAGUGGCUGCAGCAAUUACUUUGUGUUCUGCUCCAGGAUAUUGCCCGGGCCCCCCACCAAAAAACACAAGUUUUGUUGCCGAUCAUCCUUUCAUGUUCAUGAUUAUGGAGGCGGCAUCAAGGUUGGUUAUUUUCACAGGAGCUAUACUCGAUCCAAGCAAAGCCAAAUGAUUUUUUUCUCUUCUUUAUUUUUUUUUUCCAAUCUUCUACGUAUUUAGGUAAAAUAUUAUAAAUUCGGAUAUGGAUACGGAUUAUCUUUGAAAGUCCUGUUUUAACAUCUUGAAAUUCUAGAUGUGUUGAUAAACAGCUUAAACAUGAAGUAUCAUAAGACUUUUUUUUUGG